AUGAAUCACGAGCACUUGUACAAGUACUUCUACUUCUGCUUCUACUUCUACGCUAUGUUAUCACAAUUUAUUUAUUUUUGCCUGCAUCUCACAAUCCAACCCUUACCCUUAUCACCCUGUACGCGAGAUUUAGGUUCAGGCCAUCUGACCACCCUCAAUAUACCGACUUGCACAUCAAUGGGCCAAACCGAGUCGAAACAGACGUUUCGCACCGAGAUUUUCCGGUUGUCGACGGAUUCCAGCAUUCCUGAAUCAGAUACCAUCUUCUGGAGCAAAUUAUGGAUGGUUCCGGAAAACGCCAGCGACAUCUUCACAUUGGUGGGCGAGAACGAUGUCCGAAUGGCGCUCCAGACUUUUCCAGACAAUAUAGCCACUCUGGUCCGAGUCGUGAGCCAACAGAUUAUCAAUUGCGACGAUACAACGCCCGAGCCGCAACUGCUCAAUUGCAUUCGCGUUCUCACCAGGGUGCUACCAAUUGUGUUUGAAAGUGGCACCAAGACGUUUGAUGACGAUCUCUUCUGGAGCAACGACAUUCUGGGCGAGAAGCUGGUGACAAAGCUCGUGUCGCUUUUGUUCAAUAAAAAGCUAUGCGGCACCUCGCAAAUCUGGGAAAUGGGAGUGGGUUGUCACAGCGUGGAAGGAGGGGUGACCAGCGCGCAGGAGGGAAAUCGCUGCGAGAUUCUCAGGUUACUCGUGUGCUGCUCGUGCAAACAGCUGUACACUAGUGUUAACCAUGUUACCACGCAGGGCUCCCGGUUUCUCACGUGCAUUGUCAGCGGGCUUGGUAAGAGCGACACCCUGUUGCUACUGUGCUCUCUGCUCAACUUGUCGCUGGUGCGGUUGUUGCGCGAUGCCAAUGCCUUCCAAACAGUCGUGUUUGGGGGCUCUCAGACGGCGUUCUGGGCCCUGGAACUGUUGCUUCUGCUUGUUGUCUACUACCCCCCGGAGCCGGGCGUGAAGAACAACUUCAGAUACUUUCUGGGCAAACUCAAGCAGGAUGUGGACUUUGAGUUCAUUGCAAGACACAUUAGCGAGAUUCUGGCCAAGUUCUCGGCCUCCUCUGGCUCCAUUUUGACUGGCAAGAAGGAAACACGCACCAACGAGAUUAUCUGUUUGUUAUGGGAGAUCAUUCAGACCAACAAGCGAUUCUUGCCGUGGCUUCUAAAGAAGGGGUACCUCGACAACAUCAUUCUAUCGAUUCUGCAACAAAUCAAAAUGUGUGAGAGCACGCAGACUCUGAGGCUGCUCAGUAACUUCCUGCUCUAUCUGAGUGAUGAUGAUGUGGUUGUGUCUUCGUUCGACGAUGGCACUGUGAAUUUCAACUAUGUGCUUGGCCAGCUCUUCUCUGUCAUCACUCAACCUCGUGAAGAAAUCAACCCCAUCAUCCCCACUCUGGUUGAAUGCAUCUACAACCUGUCUGUGCAGGCCAAGCAUAUCGACUACACGGUGUCGUGCCAGCUGGUUGACAUUUUCGACGUUCUGUCAUCGCCCUCCUUCUUGUUCGCCAACUCCACAAACCGCUUCCUGUUGGAGCUCACCCUGGAGUCCAUCAACGCCAUGCUUGAAUACAACUUUCAGGCCAACAAGUCGCUUGUCUUUGUUCUACAGAAGCGACGGUCGUCAUUUGAAAAGCUGCAUCGCCUCGUGAAGGAGAAAGGAAAGGAGCCUACAAAUGGUGAGGAGGACUUGUCAUGGCUAGAAGACCUUCCACUCGACACCAUUGACACGGUCUACGCCAUGAUUGAGUCCUCUGUCCCUGGGUUGAACACAUACUCCGCAGUACCACCACCAAGCUCCAGCACAAGCCCUGCUAGCGACGAGCCCAAGACCACUAAAGACACACCCUCCACGAUGAUCGACACUAUAGGCACCCUCAAUCCUCCUGUGCAGCCCACAAAGUUCCACAAGAUUGAGUUUCAGUGGGACCCAGUGCUUCUUGGCUGGUAUCUAUCUCUCAUUUGGACCAGUCUCUACACCCAUGAGGCUCGCGUGGGUCGUCAAGUGACCUCCCUAGCUGACACUGUGGGCACAGGGUACAGUACGGGUGCCGCUGCAGUGGGUGUAUGGAACCGAACCCACACCAAGCUGUUCAAGGUGCAGCAGAGUGUUGCAGCUCCUAAUCUCGGUGCUGUGGAUGCUGUAGCGUUGAACGUGUGGAAGCGGAUUACUAACAGGUAG